AUGUCGUUCGAGGCUGCUAACAGUUCAAAGGAUUACUAUGGAGACCCACCUCAGCUUCUUUAUGAUGUCCCAUCUUCUAGUGGUAUUCAGACAACCGACAAGGAACCAAAAUUGCCUCUGGAUAUUCUGUUGUUGACAGUUGAGAAUGAUGAGUUUUUAGCUUGUUACCAGCAACUUCAAAAUCCAUGCAGAUGGUGGUUUGAUGACCUUGGUUAUGUUUACUUUGAGGAAGAGGAUGAAAGUCAAAAAGAGAAAGUGAAAAUUGCAUUGUUGAAGUGCUAUGGUGGAAGUGGUGGUCCUGGUGGUUCUCUGAUUUCUGUGAAGAAUGCUGUCACUGUGCUAAGAUCCAAGGCAGUUAUAUCUGUAGGAGCCUGCAGUGGUCUUAAUCCUGCGAAAACAAAGUUAGGAGAUGUCAUUGUUUCAUCUAGAUUAUCAACUUAUGCAUCCAAAGUAGUAAUGUCUUAUCAAGAGCAAUCAACUGGCUUGAGAACUUAUGUCAGCAAACAUUUUCUUAAUCUCAUAAAGAAUUGUGCUGAUGGCUGGCAUGCUCCUUUGAAGAAUCCGGAAGCAAGUCAAGCAGUUGAAGUACAUUGUGGUGAAAUUCUGAGUGGUCCAGAGCAGAUCCAGGCUGAGUAUCGACGUGAUCAACUGGCUAAGUGCAACCUGAUGGCAAUGGCUGUGGAGAUGGAAGGCGAAGGUGUUUGUCAUUUUUUGUGUAAUCAUAUUCCAGAAAACUUCCUGAUAUUACUUGAUAUGCAUAUGAGUGCACAAGUCUUUAGUGCAAUGACUCGUAAAAUGUACGAAAAACUCAGGAAAAUGUAGUGGGAAUGUAAUGGUCACACUGAGGUACUGAUGUCUCCUUGUGACACUCCCUUCCAUCAGUCUCUUUUUUGACUCAGUGCUAGAGUAACUAGCCUGAGUUAAUUGGUACAUAGUGUCUGUUUAGUACAUAAUUAUUAUAGAUCAAAGAUGACUUAAAGAUAAUUAUGUUUUAAGAGCAAAAAACUAGGUCGGUGAGGGCAUUAAAGUCAUAGAAGGGUGUAGAUUGUUCAUAAUUAUUUUCCCCAGAGUUUCACCAUUGUUCACAUUUUUGUCUCAGUUGUGGGGACCUUACAUUGUUUGUAGUUGCUGUAGGAGGUAACCCUGGGAACAAGGUGAUGUGAUGUGCUCUUACGGUGCUCAGUGGGCCCUUGCACCUAACUUUUUUUCUUUGAGAUUACAAAAUAUUAGUUUUUUCAUAAAAAAAAUUAUUUCCUAGACAGGCUGGAUUCCACAGGUUUGGAGUUUUGAACUCCCUUCAAGUUUUCUUAGAGCACAGCCUUUUAGAACGGAUCAAUUACACACCAUGCUGGACAAAACAUUUUUCUGUGCCAUGUCAGCUGCCAGGGUUUAUUCUAGAAAUUAGCGAGUGAGGCUCAAAUGGCCCCCCUUCUGUAAUUUUAGGGGAGCCCUUUUUCAAGAAAGGGGGAAGGGAAGCUUUGCCGCCAUUUUGGAACAUUCUGGGCAACUGAAAAAGUCUGGGCUCAAAUGACUGUAGAAUCCCGAAUGUUUUGUCUGAUGAAAUAAUGACUCAAAAAGAGAAGAAGAGAAAGGCAAUUGAGGCAGUAAGAGUCUAUAAAAGUUCAAAGUAACUUUAUAGAUCGGCCGUCAAAUCAGUGUUGUUGUCAGUUACGUUUUCGAAUACUUUAUUUCAAAUAGUACUUAUCCUUCGGUCUAUAUUUUUUGCGCCCCAUUUGACGCGGCAGCGUAAAUUUUAUGCGUCUUUUUUUUCCAAAUUUCGGGAAUCCCACAAGGCUGCGCUCUAGAAUAACCCUGACUGCUAUAUGUGUCUGUACUGAGAGAGAUCACAGGAAACGACCAUGCCAGUCACAAAUAGUGGGCAUUUUAUUCAGUACAUUGUUCAACAUGGAAUAAAGUACGGUACAAUAAUGCUUUAAUUACCUUGACCUGGCACUUGAAUACAUGUGGAGUUGUGUCUGAUAGAAAAUGUUCAACUGUUUCUUUGAAAUUCCAACAUCAAGUUCAAACAUCAUGUUAUGAUUGGCUGGUGUGAUAUCUUAACGAUUUUACUGACCCAAUAUAUGUAAAUGUAAAUGUAAAUGAUGUUAGAAAACGUAUGACAGACACUUGCAUCCAUCAACUGAAGUCAAGCUUUCCUCUGUUAAGUCACUUCCCUACCUCUGAAAACAUGAGUUACGUAACUCUGUUUUGGAUUACAGGUGUUUUCACUGCAGCAUUUGACAGCGGGAUUGAAUGGCUGAUUGUCAAAGGAAUAGCUGAUUAUGCAGUUAGCAGCAGCGCUCAACAGAAUGCAAAAAGUUGGCGUCGCUGUGCUUGUGUGAUGGCCGCUUCUCUUGUUAUGCAUAUUUUGAGUAAUCCCACUGUUUUCCGUUCCUGGCCUCAUUAUAAAGGUAAUUUUGACAAAACCCUAGUCUUGUUUUGUUUGUUUGUUUGUUUCUAUUCUGUUGCGUUUUUUUAUGUAUCUCAACUUAAAAAAUGCUGUGAAAGCAUCCUGUGCCACCGACGAAACGUAAUUAUGAGGAUGAGACACAAGUUUCCUUUGUUCAACGACAACUAUUUCUUUGAUGAUUUUUGGCACAGUUGAUUUUUGCAGUAUUUAUUGAAAACGGCACCAGCAAAAAAGCUCUGCAUGACAGUGUACUUCCCCUCUGCCUUCUCUCCAAACCUUGAAUUAAUCCCUGUGGUCAUCACCAUGGCAAUCUGCAGUAUUAAGGCUGAUGUCAACUAUAGGGAUAAUGAUACGUUAAGGUGCUCAGACCAAACCUAUAUUGAAAAUAAUUUAUUACCUUCUGAUCAGUGGUAUGACACAAAUUCAUUUCUCAGAAAUGCUCGGCAAACCAUAACUGAGUAGUUUCUUUUUUUGUUCUUUCUUUCUUUGUCUAUUUACAAAUUUGCCCCCUGUUGUAGGUUCUUUUGCUAUUACCCAACCCAAACGCUAUAAGUAUAACACUUCAUAUCCUAAGAAAGUAAGAUUUUUAAAGUUGGUUUUUCAAACUAAGUGUGCCCUUUUGCGUGCAAGGUGUUCGCAAGACGAUGAUUGAUCAUGAAAUUAAUUUUACUUUCUUUACACCAGGAAGAGUGGCAGGGAUAAAACGCAGCGCAGAGUGUGUGGAAGUCGAGGGAAGUGUUAAAUCUCUGAAGUCAGACGUCGCUGAUGUGCAACUGCGAUUAACACAAGUGGAAGAAAAACAGAGCUCUGCUGAACCUCCAAUAAUUCCAGGUUAGGAAAACUAUUGAUUGACAUUAGUUCAGCCGGAAUAUUCCUUAAAUGAUACCCUCCGUUCAUAAGCUUCUUCGAAUAUAAACCCCUCUUUUUCAAACCAAAAAAGCCUGCCACGAUUAUAAUAAGACCUUCAGGUCGGGGGGCGGGGGAAUUAUAUCUGGGAAUUGCCAUCGAUUUUCAAUAAACCAUACCAAAACAACUGAACGACACUAGCCCGAAUGUAAGUUUUUACUGAUUAGUUUUCUGUGAACACUUAGCUACAGCAUGAAAUACAGUAUCCUGACUGUUUAUUAUUUUAUACAGCAACUAUAAGCUGGUAUCUUAUAUAUUCAGGAUAUCUUCAUUUUCACUUAAGUUUGCUGCCUAAUUGUUGAAGUUAGCAUGUUCACUAGAAAUGAAGUUGUCACGAAUGGCUAUAGCCACUACCCCUUUAUUAUCUGUUGUACAACGAAAAAGUGGUUUUUGUCGAUGCUGAUUUGCCCAUGAUGUUUUCAAACCCCUUUGCAUGAAUGUAUGCCACUAAAAAUAUUCUUUGAAAAACAAUAGAAGCGUUGGGGCUUAUUUUCAGUAUUUUACGGUAUUCAAGUUAUUAGUGCUCUAAAUACAUACAAGAACGUCUUCAAAUAGACCUUGGCAACACAGGUGAUUGUUUGUUUAUUUGUUUACUUAUGUAUUUAUUUUUGCAGAGUUUGCCGAUUGUGAAUCAGACAUCAGGUUUUUUGCCGCGCGUUGCCAUGAAAAUACAAGGCAAUGGCUGUUUGAAGAUUUUGAAAAAUGGUUCAGUGAUCCUGGUGAUUCCAGAGCUUACGUUCUCCUGGGUGAUGCGGGUGUUGGCAAAAGUGUUCUAGCAGGAACCCUAGCAAAGCGUAAAAGGGAUGCUGGAUGUUUGACUGCUGCUUAUUUUUGCCGUCAUAAAGAUAGAAGAAGAAAUCAUCCCUUGAGUCUUCUUGGAACUCUCGCACGUGAUCUCUGUAAAUGCAAUAGUGAGUACAGUAGCAUAGUGGGAGGGGAGGAAGGUGUUAGAAAGUUGAUAACUAAGUCCGAAUUCAAACUUCAAGUUCAUGAGUUAUUUGCGAAAUUACUCGAAGAGCCUUUAGCUAAGUGCAGGUCUCCUCCGAAUCGCAGAUUAGUCAUCAUUGACGCUCUAGAUGAGACAGAGUACGGGUCCCGGAAAGAUUUUCUUAAUGUAAUUAAGUUAGAUUUCCCCCGUCUUCCAGAGUGGCUUGUGUUCUUUAUCACCAGUCGCCCCGAAGAACAAAUACAGAGCAGAUUGAGCAGGUACAAACCAUGCAUUAAGAUGUGCGCAGGAAUUACUGAUUGGGAUAACUUCUAUCAACAGCACAAGAAAGACAUUCAAAGAUAUUUAGAGAAAGAAAUAGAUUUCUCCGUUUUCUCCUUUUCACCUGUAGACGUUACAAAGAAGUGUGGUGGAUUGUUCUUGUACGCCUUCUACAUUGUAAAAGAACUGAAAGAUUCAGCAAAAUCAGGUAAAGUAACUCAGUUGGCCCAGCUGACUGACUUUCCAGGUGAUAUCGAUGAGUUCUUUAUGCAAAAUUUUCAACGAGUAUUUGACAAGGUAGGGCGCGAUCUGUACAGGAUACUUCUUGGCUGUAUCAUGGCUGCACCGUCUCCGCUUCCUGCAUCGUUUAUCGCGUUUGUUCUCAAAAGAGAGAAUUCAGGCCUUGAAGAGUAUGAUGUAAUAGAUGCUGUUUCACAGUUUGUGGUUUUAACAACUUCCGAUCGGACAAUGACCUUCCUUCACAGUUUGAUCCCUGUGUGGUUGUCAGACAAAGGUAAAGCUCGGACGUUGUUUGUUGACAAAACGUCUGCGGGUGAGUACCUCGAGACUUCUUUCAAUGAAAUCCUCUCAGCUGUUGUAGAUGUAUCAUCCUCAACAACGUCUGUAAGUAUUGCUGAUGAUUUGAAGAACUAUGUUUUGCGUUUUGCCAUUCGAUAUUUGUGUCAUUGUGGUGACAAGAAUUCGCUCGACAAUGUUUUUAAGUUCUUGACCUGUUAUACUUUCUUGCAAAAGAGAAUUCAAAUGCACCAAAUCAAUAGCUUUCGGGGAAUCGAAGAAGUGAUGGACGAAUUGUUGCUAGCAGCUGGCUGUUUCACUGGUAAGGAGAAACCGAAGGGAAAUGUCCUUAAAGCGAUCAACGAUACCUUUUAUUCAUAUGACCAAGUUGCUCUUGAAGAUUGCCCAAACGUUCUCCUGUUUUGCAUUGGCAGCUCUUCCAGCCUUGUCCGAGAAAACGUCUGGUCAAUCCCUUGCCAUGAGACCAUGAGUGAUGGUGUAGGCGACUCCUUUGCCGUAUCUUCUGAUAAGAAGACAGUGGUCGGGGUACUGAGGUUUCAGUAUCUUUUCUUCGCGGAUACAGCUACUUUAGAAACAGUUGGAGGCCCUUUCGAAAUAAGUACGGAUAUCAUUGAAGAAAUAUAUUUCAUAAAGUUUUCCCCGGACGACAAGUUUAUAUAUUUUGGACGACUCGACAAAUGGUUUUCCGUUCAGCAAGAAUGUGUGGUUGACUUACCUGUGUUCUCAGGGAACUCCCUUAUCUAUGGGGAAGGUUUUUCUUUGAAGGAUGGAACACAGCACUUUUGUGUUUGUGCUUACAAUAUCCCUGGCCUUGAUUACUUUCCUUGUCAAGAUAAGUGUUGUAUAGCAGACUUAUUUGCCAUGUGGGCUCAAUUGGAAAUUGACAAGGACAUGAAUGACAUGACGUGUACCUAUGAAAAAUUAGCAGACGCAAUAUCUAAAACCGAGAUACCUCUAGGGAAACCAACCAGAAACGUACUGGAGGUUCUUGGAGUCGACCCAGGGCUGUAUGAGGCGAAUGAGUCUCCUAAUUCCUACGACCCUUCUUGUUACUGUUGUCGCAGGUUAACUGAAUUAACCGAGACAGACAAAGAGCCAUCCUUGACCGUUGUUCGUCAAUGUGUACUUGAGUUUUACCCUCAAUUAUUUCAAAACCAGGUUUGGGAUUUUAACACAGGUAAACCUUUCUUGCACUUGUUUUGGAACGAGGAUCGUGAGAUGUCACGCAUUUGUUAUGAGCGUCACCUUCCUGAUAGAACAGGUGAAUGGAAUGAAUUUAGUUGUCCACCUCAUCUUGGCCCGAGUAAGAAGGUAUUUGUUUGUAACAUCGCAGUAGACAACGCUGUUUGGGUUUUAAAAAAGCUUUGCGACCAACAACUCAACGGUCUCUUAGUGCAAUUCUCAUGA